AUGCCGGAGCCAUCCGAGAACCACUUGGGGCUUCCCGACAUAGCCGCCUACCGCGAUGGCCAGCUUCGACUCGACGACCACCUGCAGCAAUUGCGAUUGCCGUCGAAUUUCGGCAACAUCGCCGUCUCGUUGAAUAGAUUCCUCGACGACGAGGACCGCCUGGCAUCAGAUCCCGGCGCAAGCUCGCGCAGGAAACCCGACUCCUCCACCACAGAGUCGCAAAAGAAGAAGAGGGAGGAGGACGAAGCAAAGCUCGCCAAGAUCUAUGAAUCCUUCGAGUUCGACACGCUGUGGUCCAAGCUCAGCAGCGUGCUUUCCCGGAUGAAGAACGAUCCCGGUGCCGCCCAGAUCCUGCUGCCUCUCAUCGAGAGCAUGAUGGUCGUCUCCCAGCACGUCGCCAAUCCGGACCCAGAUAGCCCCGGCGCAUCCACCGAGCCAAGGCCGCCCCGCAGCCGCUCCUCGACCGAAGGCGGCUCAAAGUCGCCCCGAGAUGCGAUGGAGGAUCACUUCUUCGCAUUCACCGAGAAGCACCGCAAGAUCCUCAACAUCAUGGUGCGACAGAAUCCAUCGCUCAUGUCCGGUUCCUUUGCGCUGCUCGUGCGCAAUCCAAAGGUGCUCGACUUUGACAACAAGAAAAACUACUUUACACAGCAGCUCCACAAGGGACGACGCGAUCACUAUACACCUCUCUCGCUCUCCGUACGCAGAAACUCCGUCUUCGAGGAUAGCUUCCGCUACUUCUCGCGCAAGAACGGCCCCGAAGUCAAGCACGGUAAGCUCAACGUGCGCUUCAACAACGAAGAAGGCAUCGACGCAGGCGGCGUCACCAGAGAGUGGUUCCAGGUCCUGGCACGAGCCAUGUUCAACCCGGACUAUGCGCUCUUCCAACCGUGCGCAGCCGACCGCACCACGUACCAACCCAAUCGCAUGUCCUACGUCAAUCCCGACCAUCUCUCCUUCUUCAAGUUUGUCGGCCGCAUCAUCGGCAAGGCCAUCUACGACGGCAGGUUGCUCGACGCCUACUUCACCCGCAGCUUCUACAAGCACAUCCUCGCCAAGCCCGUCGACUACCGCGACCUCGAGUCCAUCGAUCCAGAGUACUUCAAGAGUCUCGAGUGGAUGCUCAACAACGACAUCACCGACAUUCUCGACCUCACCUUCAGCGUCGACGAUGAAGAGUUUGGCGAGACCAAGAUCAUCGAACUCAAGCUCAACGGAGCCAACAUCACGGUCACAGAGUCAAAUAAGCAGGAAUACGUCCGUCUCGUCACCGAGCAGAGGCUCACAAAGUCGAUCCAAUCGCAGAUCGACGCCUUCCUCACCGGCUUCAACGAGAUCAUCCCCGCCGACCUCAUCCGCAUCUUUUCCGAACAGGAGCUCGAGCUGCUCAUCUCCGGCCUGCCCGACAUCGACGUCGACGCCUGGAAGAACAACACCGAGCUGCACGGAUACGGCUCCGGCGACGCCGUCAUCCAGUGGUGGUGGCGCGCCGUACGCUCCUUCGAUCAGACCGAAAAGGCCAAACUUUUGCAAUUCAUCACCGGUACCAGCAAGGUCCCUCUCGAAGGCUUUGCACAUUUGCAGGGUGUCCAGGGCACGCAGCGCUUCAACAUUCACAAGGCAUACGGCGCCGAUAGACUGCCAGCGGCGCAUACGUGCUUCAACCAGCUCGACCUGCCACAGUAUGACUCGUACGAAAAGCUUCGCUCGUCCCUCUUGACCGCAAUGAACGAGGGUGGCGAGGGCUUUGGCUUCGCCUAG